CAUGAGUGUAACACGAAUUUUAGCAAAUUUACUGUGUAUUUUGAAGUUCGGUUGACGUAAAAGAAACUCACAUAAGAAAUGCUUGGUUAAAAAAAUCAAACAUAGUAUUAUGAAAAAGGAAAUAGUUUUUACACAGCUGAUUAAUUCACAGAGAGGAAUAACUGAUAUUGUAACCAGGACGAAUAAUCGGCACACGGAGAAAAGAAUGAGGAAGUACUAUCAAGCUGCUCUGCUGAUUACAGCCAUUGUUAGCUUAAUAUCUUUGCUGUUUUACCGCCAUGAAUAUAAUAGGCUCAGGUAUGUCUUGGAAGUGUUCGACUAUUUUGGUAAGCCUAAUCAAGAGGGAAUAAAAAUCUCAUGUCCAAAAGAGAUUGUAGAAUUUAAGAAGACUUCAAUUGGCUUGGAUGAGCCUUUAUCAGCAUGGCAAAGACUAGAUGACGGUUUGUUUGUCUAUUCAACAUAUGCUACUCAUGACAAGAAGAUUCAGACUGUUAGUUAUGGAAAACUCAGUGAUCCCAAUCUGGAUUGCAAUAUAUUCUUUGAUGAUCUUUUGACACCCGUCCCUGGGAUAUUUUCAUUCACGAUAAUUGGAAACACUAGCGAUAUACCAGAAAGAACUGCUUAUCGAGGCUACAUCUUAAAUUGUGAGUACACUGAAAACAUGACACCACUUGGUGUCAACUAUCAGCCUAGAGAUCAGCGUGUUUUCAACUCUAACUUUCCAAUAUUAACAGUCAAGAGUUUAACAAAAUCCUUGAAUAACAAUAGUAGUGCACUAUGUGUUGCUCCACCACUAAAUAUUCCUAUGUCACGUGCUGAUAUGAUAAGUUUUCUCAAUUUCCAUGAAUUAGUAGGCAUUAAUCAUUUCAUUAUUUAUGAUUAUGGCAUACCUACCGUGUUUCACAAGGCACUUAAAGAUUUGGCACAAAACUCAAACUUUACGUACGAAGUGGUGCCCUGGAAUUUUCCUAUAAGAGAAAUUCACAUGAACGUGAUAAGAAACAUCAUUGAAGUUGACUGCCUUUAUCGAACGUACAACAAAGUUAUGUAUGCAGCUACCAUAUCAUGGCAGGAAUACAUCGUUUUAAAUUUCCACCACAUCGUCUCUGAUCUCCUGAUAGACUUUGAACGGACAAAGAUGUUCGGUAAUCGUUACAUUGUUAAGACGCAGACGUUCUGUACUCAGCAAAAGGAUGACAGACGCUCAACAAAUUCAACUCCAAUAGUUCUAAGAAAAUUAUAUACUUCGCCACAUGCUCUCGACGCCAAUUUUCUUUACAUUUACAAACCUCAUGAGACACUAAACGUAAAAAAAGUUUUAACGCUCAAGACUGCUGCCAAUUUGAUUAUGCUCAAUCGCUACGUCAACUGUAAUGAUUACAGUGCCAUAAAUACUGAGAAUAAGAAUGAAUCGUCAAUUCUACGGUUCGCCGCUUAUAUGCAGAAUUCGACAAUUUUGAAAAAAUUCCUCGCAGGAAGGAUGUUUGAUCUGGAGUAGACCCUGGACAGAAUGUUUGUAAAUAAACAGAAAAAAAAAAACAAAAAACGGACCAUAGGGGAGAUUGUGAUAAACAAGUUUCUAUUUUAAUCUUGUGAAGAGAUUAACUGUAAGCAUCAAUUUUUAAGUAUUUGAAAGAAUGGUUAUUACUAUCGCAAUAGUGCAAAGUUUUUCAUUUAAGUGAGUUUAUAUUGCACAAGAAGACUGCUAGUAUUACUAUAAUAUUUAACGUCCACUGCUCAACGAUUCGUUACUUAUUUUUAAGUUACAUUAUUUGUGUAAUACGAGGCUUGAGAUUGUGUGAUUUUUUAUUUUAGUAUAAAUUUGUGAAAACAAUACUGUUGUGGUUUAAUGACUACUGUGUCUUGCAUGCUCAGUAAUAUUUUUUAAUGAUAACUUGAAAACUAGUUCAAGGAACGCACAUUAUUAGCUCAAAUAUAAUGUGAUAUUGGCGAUUUUUGAAGAUUUCAUAUCAAAGAUAGACUUUGAAUUAAAGAAAGGCUGAUGAUGCGAUAAUCAACUAUU